AUGUCUAUCCUAGUACUUAUCUCUGGUUCUGGCUCGAAUUUGCAAGCUUUAAUCGACGCCAAACUGCCAAUCAAGCACGUGGUUUCAAGCUCACCAACUGCGUACGGUCUUGAGCGUGCUCAAAAGGCAGGAAUUCCCACAUCUGUCCACAGCCUCCAGACGUACUAUGGCGAUCUACCCAAAACAGCCAAAGGGGAGCGUAAAGCAGCUCGUUCGCAAUUCAAUAAAGAUCUAUCCACGAAGGUUCUUGAGUUAAAGCCGAGUCUGGUUGUUUGUGCAGGGUGGAUGCUCAUUUUGGCCCCGUCCUUCCUCGACCCGUUGGCUAAGGCUAAUGUUUCCAUCAUCAACCUCCAUCCUGCUCUCCCCGGUGCGUUCCCUGGUAUCAACGCUAUUGAUAGAGCCUGGGAAGCAGGUCAAAAGGGCGAACUUUCCAAGGGUGGUGUCAUGAUCCACUAUGUGAUCGCCGCAGUGGAUGAGGGUAAGCCCCUGGUAGUCAAGGAGAUUGAUUUGCGAAAAGACGAGACUCUGGACGAGUACACAGCACGUGUGCAUCAAAUUGAACAUAUUGCCAUUGUGGAAGGGACUCGCAAGGCGCUGGAAGCAGCAACUAAUUAA